CGGUCGACUAACUGCAAAUAUGUUUCGAUUUUGCCGAUUAUAUAUAUGUGUAUAUUAUCGUAUUGUUUAGUCCAUAAAAACAACGCGUAGUUUUAGUCUUCAAAACAAAUGCAGCAAGAUGAUUAGCAGAAGCGUAGACAGUACAGGCAAACAGCCAACAUUUCGUGUCAUACGUGAAGUGUAUGAUAGCUCAAAUGCACACGAGCGCUUUGAAGCAGAGCUGGACAAAGCGCUCGAGGAAAAGGUAGACUUUAUUAUAAUUGAGCCUCCACGCUUAGGCGAUGAAACCGGUCGCUGGAUUUGGGUGGGUAAUUGUCUACAUAAAACUGCGGUGGCCACUGGCGUUGUGUCACUGAUAUCUAGUUUGCUAUGGUAUGAUCGUCCAGUUAUUGCGGCUCCCGCCUGUGCCAUGUCACUCUUCUGCACGGGAUUAUACACUGUUUCAUGGAACUACGAUCCCUGCUGCCAGUAUCAGGUGGAGGAAAACAAUGAGGUUGCAUUGAACAAGUUGCCGCUGACAGAAGUCUCUUCGCCUGUGAUCCUGGGCUAUGCGCCCAAUAACAAAACCAAAUACUUGCAUCGUGGCGUCACCUUUCUGUCGGCUGCUCUGUGUGCCUGGCAAAUUUGGCGGUCAUAUAAGUAGACAUAACCAAUUGAGAUUUGUGUGAUCUGAGAUCAGCAACUGGAUACGGCGCGUAAUCUUGAACUUGGCUCAAGUAUAUGAUAUAAGUUUAGUUCAACGCCAUUGUGUAUGCAUUUCAUUUAGAAUUUCCAGCGUUUUGUUUUCCCUAGUUAAAUUUUAAAGUGGUUCUAAUUCCAAAAUGUCUGUGCAUGUUUCGAAAUUUUUGAUUUUGGGCAGCUAUUUAAUCUGCGCUUGCAUUAUUUAUAAUGACAUAAUUAUGUUUUAGUUUUAAAUGCGAAAGUAAAAGUCUUAAGUUAAACGGGUUUUAGUUGUUGUUCAAGAAAAGCACUGUAUAAAAUUAAAAUUAAGCAAAAUUACUUUUUGUGUAUAAAUAAUAGUGAUUGUUAUUAGUAUAGAAAUUGAAAGCAGUGCAAGCAAGCAAAUAAACUCCAAACCAAA